GUUUUAGUGUAGGAAGACAGUGCUACGGUUCGUCCUUCCUGCAGGGGAUAGAGGCUGCAAUGGAUUCUCAAUAAGGACAGGAAGCUGGAGAGAGAUAGAGAGCUGAACGCCCUACUCUGCAUAACACACCCUCUUAUCAGCAGCUAAUAUGGAUCACCGACCCUGUCACUCAUUCAGUUAGUAAGCAUUCAUCAUUCGUACAACUAGGUCGUGAAUAUAGUGCACAUUUUUAUUUCUUUUAAAAAUUAACUCCACAAUCAUAAAUAUUUCUUGACUUUCGUUAAUAAACUUGAGUCUGUUGAACUUUCAUUUGUUUUAUAGUGAAUUCGACAAAUUCACAGAGAAGAGUGUUUCGACAGAAGAAGAAAAAACAACAAAACAGCAACUUGUUGAGAUGGCUCGCCUGAUGACGUGCGUUGUGCCAGUGGCCAUCAUCGCAGUGGCAGUGAUGGUUGCGUGCCAGCUGGAGACAGCGCACGGUCAGCCGCUGUGGUUCGACCAGCUGUUGGAGCCCUACAACAGCUACUACCAGGAGCGACCCUACUACCAGGAGCGGCCUUACUACCAGCAGCGGCAGCCGACCUACCAGCGGACGCGGCAGCAGGGCGCCAGGCAGCUUGGCGGCAAGGAGCGAUACAAGAAGCUGUGUCGUGUCAUCAGCGGAGACAACUACGCGUUUCCCGGCAGCGUACCUUACCCAUCGUCACCUUUCUGUCCCUACUGAUUCACACUAAACGCUUCCAUACAACAUUGCAGUUACCCUUAUAAUUUCCAGUACAACUUGGUAGUAGCCAUCGACGGUGCUAUUACGCUGAACACUGGAGUUACAAAAUAAGGUGGCAAUAGCCACACAUCGAGAUGUAUUUUGAAGUGAUGAUGAGUGUCAAAAUACACAGAAACAAACUAGAGUUUUUAAAGGUUUGUAGAGGACCAAGUAAAGGUUAUCCUGAUAGCCCUGCUUUCCAAUGAAUUCCUUCUCUACUGGACAGAAGAAGAAUAAUAGCAUUUAUUCUUAUGUGGUUUCAGCGACAUUUUUAGUCUACUAAUGUGUGAACACCUCCAUGAAAACUAUGGGUGUUCUCAUAUUGCUAGACUGAAAAUAUGUGAACACCUCCACAAACACCAUCUCAUGGAGUGUUAUCACAUUGGUAGAUUGAAAAUUUGUGACCUCCUCCAUAAGUACCAGUGAGAAAGAAAUUUAUUGAGAGCUUAAAACACACUGGUGAUACAUUCUACUAUGAAUUGCUUAGAUUACAUCAUCACAGUCAUUAUAAUACACAGUGAAGUAUUGUACUCGUUUUUCGUGCAGUAUAUUUCACUUCAGUUUUUUAUUCAAGUGUUGCUCACUGACAACAUUACAUUGAACUAGUCAAUCCCACUCUAAAGGAUUUUUUGUAACUGAUUGAUAGU